AUGCCGUUUUCAGACAGCAUCACGUCCAAAUAUCCGUCUCUUGGAAAAGUCACCGAUGAUGACGCCGCUCUCUCCCACGAUGGGCGUGAGAUCGCCCUUCUCAGAUAUGUUUACAGCCAUCCCGCCUUAGAAGAGCUCCGUGGCUCGCCUUCCCAAAUUCUUCGCGUGAUGCACGAGUUUGCCGCGCAAGAGAAGUUUUUGAUCAAUGUCGGCCCCGACAAAGGCGAGAAAAUCCAUGGACUGAUCGAAGAGGCUAAACCUACUGUUCUAGUAGAGUUGGGCGGGUAUGUUGGAUAUUCAGCCAUAUCGUUUGCUGACGCCAUGCGCCGAGCCCACGGAAAGAUCAAGCCUGGCUUAAGACUCUGGAGUCUGGAGUUUGAUCCUCUGGUAGCUUCCAUUGCUAUGAGCCUCAUUGAGCUGGCUGGUCUAAGCGAGAUUGUCAAGGUUGUAAUCGGUCCAGCAGCGGAUUCGAUACAAAGGCUUCACGCAGAGCAGACGUUGACGACAAUUGACUUCUUGUUCCUGGACCAUGUGGAGGAUCUUUAUAUAUCCGAUCUCAAGGUCUGCGAACAUCUAGGUCUCUUGAAGCCGGGGUCGAUGGUCGUGGCUGAUAACAUUCGUUUGCCUGGAGCUCCUGAGUAUCUCAGUUAUGUUCGCCAGCACGUUGGCAUGGAGAGUUGGACGCUCAAGGGACUCAUAAUCCCAGGUGAUUAUGAGGAUGAAGUUGCAGUCAGUAAGAUCAUCUAA